AUGGCGUCCUUCGUCUCCUCCCAGACCGACAGCCGCCCGACACUUCCGCCUCUCCAUGCCCUUGGUCUUCCUGACCCGCGGAAUACAUACGAACUGCCCGGUGCACACGACUCUUAUGACCCUCACGUACAACUACAGGCUGCAGUAGAGCAGAUGCAACUCAACGAUAGACAGACCCAGAGAUCCACGUAUCACGGGCGCGUCCGACAGGCAUCCGUGUCAUCCACGACCUCUUCAUGCACCGCUUCCUCCCGGAGCAGCAGCCCGGUCGCAGGUUCGCUCCCAUAUCCUAUCAGCGACCGCAUAUCCUUCAAGCGCACGACAUUUGAAGACGCCAACGCCAUGAUGAUUGUCAUCCCCGAAGUGCCCCCGGUCCCGCCCCUCCCGGGAACCCCGCGCACUGCUUCCAAUCCCGCUCCGGGCGUGUGGGUCGUCACCGGCCCUGCGGUCGAACUUUUCCGACGCCAUCCAGAGCGCCCCGUCUCGAAGGCCGCCCGCAUCCAUCCGUAUCGCAUCUCGCGCAUUUCUCGACACACGCCGAAGCCACAAUCCCCACCAUCUGCAUGA